AUGGCCAUGAACGAAGCUACCUUCAAGCCACUGCUCCUGAAGCUCGUAGAUGAUCCAGAAGCGUUUACUUCCCAGGACAUCGAGCUUGCGAUCAAACAUCUCGCCACCCCUGAUGGGGCAUCUCCAACACAAGUUGGUGCCUUUCUCACUGCCUUGAAGUGUUCAGGAAAAGAAAAGACUCCAGAUACUCUCUCUGCCUGCGCAAGGGUCAUGAUGGACUGUUGCCUUCCCGUUCAAUUGGAGGAUCCCGAUGAUUUUUAUGUCGACAUUGUGGGCACUGGGGCGAUGGACACAACACCUUCAAUGUGUCGACUUCCGCCGCAAUCGUUGCGGCAGGCGCUGCAUGGCAAUAAGGCCUCUACAUCCUCGUCAGGGUCUGCAGACAUUUUACGUGCAUUAGGCUGCUCACUGCCCCACAUGACUAUUUUGCCGAAGGUCCCUUUUCUCUUCCUCCUUGCCUCCCAUUACCACCCCGCAAUGGCCAUAAUCGCGCCUUUCCGCAAGGCGCUUCCUUUUCGCACACUUUUCAACAUCAUCGGACCUUUGAUCAAUCCGUCACGGCCCAAGGGCAUUGUUGUCGGGGUCGCGGAGCCGUCAUUGGGUCCUAUCUUCACCAAAACACUUAGAAUGUUAGGUGUUCGGCGGGCGAUCGUUGUGUGUGGGGCGGAGAAUUUGGAUGAAAUCAGCAUUGCUGGGCCAACCUUGACGUGGUCUUUCUUCGAAGGGACUGAUAUUCAACAAGAGCGAAUCGAGCCUUCAAAUUUUGGCCUCCCUACACAUCAUCUUAGCAGCGUCGUUGGAUCCACGCCAGGUGACAAUGCUGAGUUACUUUUGUCUCUGUUGUCAAAUGAGGCCUCCCCUAGCAACGGAGCCGAUCCUUCUGCUGUGCUCGAUUUCAUAUUAUUGAAUGCAGCAGCUUUGCUUAGGGUUGCUGGCCUGACAACGUCGUAUAAGGAAGGGGUGGAGCUCGCGAGAGAGAGCAUUUCCAGUGGCCGCGCCCUUGUUGCGCUCCAAAGCUUCAAGUCUUUGUAA